AUGGUUGGGUUGAUUGCAACGAUUGGUCUUCGCGCUGCCUUGCUGUCAGCCUUCGCAGACGGUUAUCUCGAUGUACACUCGUCGCUACUCUUCUUGAGUGUGACGGGCGGAGGGGUGGCCAUUUCGUUUCUCGUGGCUCUGGUGGUCGAACUUCUAAGCCGCAAACGAGAGAUUGAACUGGUUGGCGAGCGGUUGGCUGACGAUGCACGGGUAAAUCAGCUACAGGCAGAAGAUACACGACGUGCGUUUCAAGCGCUGCUCGACGCUUCAAGUUCCGUGGCGAUCAUCGCCACCGACCUGAACGGAAACGUCACCCUGUUCAACCCCGGCGCCGAACGCAUGUUGGGCUAUUCAUCUGAGGAAGUCGUCGGCAAACAUACCCCCGUGCUCUGGCAUUCUGAGAAAGAGUUGGAAGCCAGAAGAAACGUUUUGGAGAUCGAACGUGGCAAGCGCGUGGAGGGAUUCCAGCUACUGACUGAAUUGCAACCAUUGACCGGCGAAGAAGAACGUGAAUGGACGUACAUUCGAAAAGAUGGCACCACGCUGGUCGUGCAAGUGCGGGUUAGCACGAUCUAUGACAAACACAAUCAACCAACCGGCUACGUAGCGACUGCCACGGAUAUCAGUCGCCGAAAACAGUACGAAAAAGAAUUGCGGCAGGUUAAUGCCGAAACUUGGGCCAUGAAUCAAGAGCUUUUGGCCAUUAGCGAAGUGCAAAACACGUUGAUCGCUUGCCGCACCGAAGCUGAGGUGUCGAAGAUCAUCACGAUGGUGCUCACUCAACAGUUCGGUGCAUACUUUGCCCGAGUGUGGUUGCGGCGGCCUGGGGAUAUUUGCCCUGAGUGCCCAAUGCGGGGGCACUGCACCAUCGGUGGAGAAUGUUUGCAUCUAAUAGAGUCGGCAGGCUAUUACACGCACACCGAUGGCAAUCACCGUCGCAUUCCCGUUGGGGCAUUCAAGAUUGGCCAAAUUGCCAACGAGGCCUCGCCGGUGAUUUGCAACGACAUCGUAAAAGAUGAACGGUUGCACGAUCGCGAGUGGGCGGAAAGUCAUGAACUGCAAUCGUUUGCAGGGUUCCCACUGAUGUCGGGCAGUGAGGUGAUUGGGGUCGUCGCCAUGUUUUCUCAGCAGCGUUUGGCGCCGCACUUGCAGGAAACGUUGUCGAUUCUGACUCGGUUAACGGCCGAAGCCCUUUGCAACGUGCAGCAGUUUGAGGAAUUGCAACAGGCACGAACGCAAGCCGAGGCGGCCAACAUCAGCAAGAGCGAGUUUUUGGCUAAUAUGAGCCACGAAAUUCGCACACCCAUGACUGCGAUCAUGGGAUUUGCCGAAAACCUGGCUGAAAACGUUACCGAUCCGGUUAACGUCGACGCGAUCUCCACGAUCCAACGCAAUGGCGAGCACCUGCUCGACAUCAUCAACGACAUCCUGGACUUGUCGAAGGUCGAGUCGGGCAAACUGAGCGUGGAGUUGGGCCACCACAAACCGUGCGAGAUCGUGGCUGAGGUGCUCUCGUUGGUGAAGAGCAAGGUUGAUUGCUCGCAAUUGAAUCUGGAUGUGACGUGCGUGGGCCCGAUUCCGGAGCAAAUCUGCACCGACCCGACCCGAUUGCGCCAGAUUCUGAUCAACCUUUUAGGUAACGCCAUUAAAUUCACCGAGUCGGGCGAAAUAAAAUUCAUCGCCCGACUGGUUCGCAGUGAAGCUGAGCCACUGCUGCAGUUCGAUGUACUGGAUACCGGCAUCGGUAUGGAUGAGGCGCAGGUCGCUCGCGUGUUUCAACCGUUCUCUCAGGCAGACACGACAACCACGCGUAAGUUUGGUGGCACAGGACUGGGUUUGACCAUCAGCCGACGCCUGGCGCGCAUGCUGGGCGGCGACGUGACUUUGGUCGACACCAAGCCGAAUGGUGGAUCUCACUUUCGCGCUACGGUCGCCACGGGUCCGUUGGAAAAUGUGGCCAUGAUUACGAGACCGCAUCCUCCCGAGACCAGCGGUAACUUCGCCACGCAGAAUCGCCAGAGUUCGAACUGUCUGGACAAAUAUCGCGUGUUGCUGGCCGAGGAUGGGGUCGACAACCAGCGGCUCAUUUCGUUCGUACUUCGCAAAUCCGGAGCCUGUGUCGAUGUGGUAGGCGACGGCCAGCAGGCGGUGGAAAAAGUGACCGACGCCCAAAAGUCUGGAGGCGGGUACGAUGCGAUUCUUAUGGACAUGCAGAUGCCAACGAUGGAUGGAUACGAGGCCACACGAUCGUUGCGUCACUGCGGGUGCGAGAUCCCCAUCAUCGCCCUGACGGCUCAUGCCAUGGCGGGCGAUCGUCAGAAGUGUAUCGCCGCGGGGUGCACCGACUAUCAGACCAAACCGAUUAAUCGGGUGGCAUUGGUGGCCUCGAUCUUGGAACACGAUUUUCGCCAGAGCGUCGAUCAGACGGUCGAUUUCGUCGGGAGUUGUGUAAAGGUGACACGAGACGCGGAGCAGGCGUUGGCCGUUCCACUCGACAAUUGGCACUUCGAUACGAUGCUCGUGUGGCAACCCGGUGAGUUCGCCGAGGCGGUAGCGAGCGUAUCGGGCCAGGGCAUGCGUGUGUUGGCGGAAGCGAUUGAGCCCGAUGUUGUUCAUGAAGUCGAUGGCCGUUGCGACGGCGAGCUUGGAAGCGACGUCGCGGGUUCCCUGCCAGAGGAACUCAUCCUGCCAGCGAUAGUCGGCAUCGGUGAGUGGACGCCCCCAACUGGUCACCACCGGCUGGAUGUCGGCUUGGACUCUCGGGUUCGCAUAAAGAAAGCCAGAACCGAACGGACCGCAAAGCCAUUUGUGGCAACUUGCGGUGUAGAAGUCGCAGUCGAGGGCUGCGAUCUCCAGCGGCUGCAUGGCGAUGGCAUGAGGGCCGUCGAUGCAGGUGGGGAUGUUCCGUUGACGAAGUUCGGGGCACAGCUUCGCCACCGGCAGAACGAUUGCGGUCGGCGAGGUGACAUGACUGAAAACCACGAGACGGGUGCGGUUGUUGGUGUUCGCCAGGAUGGCAUCGCACCAAUCGUCGGAAGCGCGGAUCGGCGUGGGUACUUCGCACACGACGAGCUUGGCCCCCUGCCUUGCACACUCGUGUUCCCAAAUGCGAUGGACCGCACCGUAGUCGUGAUCGGUUACCACCACUUCGUCGCCGGGGCUGAGUGUUACGCUGCGGGCGACCACGUUCAUGGCCACUGUGGAGUUGUCGAGGAACACAAGAUCUUCGGCCGGAGCGUGAACGAACUCAGCCAGUUUGGCGAGACUGGACUCCAGGGCUGGGGCAAGUGCCCUGAGGAAGAAAUCGACCGGUUCGCUUUCGAGUUGCGCUUGCCAUUGUUGCUGGGCCUGCUGAACAACGCGGGGUGA